AUGGCCCGCAGCACAUAUGUUCAGCGGCGCAAUUCUUCAUCCAACAGUGUUCCUACGAUGAUUGAGCCUUCCAAUCGGUCCGACGGAGGAGCGGCUCAACAGAGACCCCUCCCCAAUGCAAUUUUGGCCGAUCCUGACACAGAACACUCGGACCACCGCGAAGGACAAUGUUGUGACUACCUUAUUCGGUUAAUCUGUGUGCUCGUUCGGGACAGACGGCCGCGAGGCUGA